CCUGCCAGUGGAGUUUCCACUGCUUGAGGAGGAGCUGAAGGGCAUCGAUGAGAAACUGGCCCUGGCUGAGAGCACUCUGAGCUGGCAUGGGGAAGGUGUGUGGGAGUACAUCCAGCAGAUGAGAGACAACUUGCAUGACUUUGAGAGCAGAAUCAACCAGGCUAAGACCAACGUGGAGGCCAUGCACAUAAUUAUGGAGGAGUGGUCUGUGAGCCCCAUGUUUGAGAGGAAGGACAAUAAGGACUCUCUGCUGGACCUGGAUGGAAGACAAGCAGCCCUUAACAAGAAGUACGCUGCCAUCAAAGAGUCUGGCGAGAAACUCCACCAACUGACACAGGAGAAUAAGAAGCUGUUUGGAGCAGAUGAGAGCACUUACUCGUGGAUGGCCUACGUCGACUACAUUGAUGACAAAGUCCUGGAUGGGUUCUACAAAGUCGUCAAUGUGUCUCUCAAGUUCCUUGCUAGUAACAUGCUCGCCAAGUCGAGUAUAAACCCACUGUUUGAGGUGCGUUUUGAAUUGGAGGAUGGAGACACAUCGUUCCACCCGUCUUUGGUCUAUGGCAUAUCUGAUGGCUUUUACGACCUGGUCGAGAGUCUCAUCCAUGAUGUGUACCAAGUUGCUGAACUAGUUCCUCGGAUAUCAAUGACCAACAAAACAUGCUACGAUGUGGAGUUGGAUGAGAUGUCAGAGCUGUCAGACAUGCGUGAGAAUGUGUUGAACCAGGUGGUUGGGGCCAUGAAAGAGGCCCAGGAGUAUCGGGACGUGCUCUAUAAAUACGCCUACCUGUGGCAGGAUGACAGGGAUGACUUCAUGGAGCAGUUCCUCCUCUACGGCAAAGUUCUUUCCCCCGAGGAGAUUGAGGCGCACGGAGAGGACAGCGUGCCCAAAAACCCCCCCACACUGAAAGAUUUCAAGGAAGAGAUCGAUACGUAUGAGAAACUGUACAAGGAGGUGAGCAACUUGGAGAACUCCCAGGUGCUGCAGCACUGGCUCCAGAUUGACAUCCGUCCCUUCAAACAUGCCCUGCUCAACACCAUCAAACGUUGGAGCCUCAUGUUCAAACAGUUCCUCAUAGACCGAGUCACCAACAGCCUGAGGGACCUGGACGGCUUCAUCAAGGAGGUGAAGGAUGGGCUGACCAAGACCGUGGAGGAAGGGGAUUACCAGGGCCUGGUGGGGGUCAUGGGUCACCUGAUGAGGAUGAAAGACAGACAGGCAGCCACAGACACCAUGUUCUCCCCUCUCAAGGAAACCAUCCAGUUCCUCAAAGACUUUGGAGAGGAGCUGCCUGACGAGGUCCAUGCUCAGCUACAGGAUCUUCCAGAGCACUGGAAUAAUGUGAAAAAGACGUCCCUCCAAGUCAAACAGAACUUGGCUCCAUUGCAAGCACAUGAAGUCAACAUCGUCCGAAGGAAAUGCCAGCAAUUUGAGAUCAAACAGUAUGAGUUUAGAGAGAAGUUCAGACAGCAGCCCUUCUUCCAAUUCUCUUUUGAAAACCCACACGGGGCUCUCGAUGAUAUUCAGAUGGAUAUCAUGGGCUUGGAGGAAGAGAUGGAGGGCCUGUCAGACUCGGCCGGUCUGUUUGAGGUGAAUGUUCCCGAUUACAAACAGCUCAAAACCUGCCGCAAGGAGAUCGUCCUGCUCAAAGAACUCUGGGACAUGAUCCUGCUGGUGAGCGGGAACAUGGAUGACUGGAAGACCACCCUGUGGAAGGACAUCAACGUGGAUGAGAUGGAUAUGGACACCAAGAAGUACGCCAAGGACAUCAAGGGGCUGGACAAGGAGAUGAGAGCCUGGGAUGCCUUUACCGGAUUGGACAGCAUGGUGAAGAACAUGAUGACGUCACUGCGCGCCGUGGGAGAACUGCAGAACCCGGCCAUCAGGGACCGCCACUGGCUGCAGCUCAUGAUGGCCACCAAGGUGAAGUUUGAUAUGUCUGAGAAGACCACCUUUGAGGACCUGCUGAAGCUCAACCUGCACCAGUUUGAGGACGAGGUGCGCAGCAUCGUGGACAAGGCCGUCAAGGAGUCUGGCAUGGAGAAGACUCUGGCCGAGCUGGACAGCACGUGGAGCUCCAUGGUGUUUGAACACGAGCCUCAUGGCCGGACAGGCACCAUGCUGCUCAAACCCAACGAGGAGCUGGUGGAGACUCUGGAGGACAACCAGGUACAGCUGCAGACUCUGAUGACCUCCAAGUACAUCGCUCACUUCCUGGAGGAGGUGUCUGGCUGGCAGCAUAGGCUGUCCACUGCAGACUCCGUCAUCUCCAUCUGGUUCACUGUGCAGCGCACCUGGACCCAUCUGGAGAGCAUCUUCAUUGGCUCUGAGGACAUCCGCUGCCAACUGCCCGAAGACUCCAAACGAUUUGAUGGCAUCGACAUGGACUUCAAGGAAAUCAUGGCUGAGGCAACGAAGGUUACCAACGUGGUGGAGUCCACCAAUAAGAAAGGGCUUCUGGAGAAACUGGAGGGUUUGGAGACAGGACUGGCUAUGUGUGAGAAGGCUCUGGCUGAGUACCUGGAGACCAAGCGUCUGGCCUUCCCCAGGUUCUACUUCGUCUCCUCUGCUGACCUGCUGGACAUCCUGUCCAAUGGAAAUGACCCUGUGGAGGUCAGCAAGCAUUUGUCCAAGCUGUUUGACAGCCUGUCCAACCUCAAGUUCCAGCUGGACGAGAGUGGCAAGCCCAUCAAGGUGGCCCUGGGAAUGUGGAGUGAAGAGAUUGAGUAUGUCACCUUUGACAAGGACUGUGACUGUUCAGGACAGGUUGAGAUGUGGCUGAACCGUGUGCUGGAGAGGAUGUGUGCCACUCUGAGAGUGGAGUUUGGAGAGGCGGUCCAGGCCUACGAGGAGAAACCCAGAGAACAGUGGCUGUUUGACUACCCAGCCCAGAUUGCCCUGGCCACCACUCAAAUCUGGUGGACCACGGAGGUGGGCAUAGCAUUCGCCAGGCUGGAGGAGGGCUAUGAGAACGCCCUCAAGGACUACUUCAAGAAACAGGUGACCCAGCUGAACACUCUGAUCACGCUGCUGAUAGGAGAGCUGUCCAGAGGAGACCGUCAGAAGAUCAUGACCAUCUGUACUAUCGACGUCCACGCUCGAGACGUAGUCUCCAAACUCAUCAGCACCAAGAUUGAUAACGUCGGGGCGUUCAUGUGGCAGUCUCAGCUGAGGCAUCGCUGGGACGACAAUAACAAGCACUGCUUCGCCAACAUCUGUGAUGCCCUGUUCAGAUACUCCUACGAGUAUCUGGGAAAUACCCCACGAUUGGUCAUCACCCCUCUGACUGACAGGUGUUACAUCACUCUGACCCAGUCUCUCCAUCUCAUCAUGGGCGGGGCUCCGGCCGGUCCUGCCGGUACCGGGAAGACCGAGACCACCAAGGAUUUGGGCCGAGCCCUCGGCAUCAUGGUCUAUGUAUUCAACUGCUCUGAGCAGAUGGAUUACAAGUCUUGUGGAGACAUCUAUAAGGGUCUGGCUCAGACUGGGGCCUGGGGCUGCUUUGACGAGUUCAACCGAAUCUCUGUGGAGGUGUUGUCUGUCAUCGCAGUACAGGUGAAGUCUGUUCAGGACGCUAUCAGAGAUAAGAAGAUCAUCUUUAACUUCCUGGGUGAGACCAUCAAGCUGAUCCCCACCGUGGGAGCCUUCAUCACCAUGAACCCGGGAUACGCCGGCCGUGCAGAGCUACCGGAGAACCUCAAGGCUCUGUUCAGGCCAUGCGCCAUGGUGGUGCCGGACUUUGAGUUAAUCUGUGAGAUCAUGUUGGUGGCUGAAGGCUUCAUUGACGCCAGAGUCCUGGCCAGGAAGUUCAUCACCCUCUACACCCUCUGCAAAGAGCUGCUUUCCAAACAGGACCACUAUGACUGGGGUCUUCGUGCCAUUAAGUCUGUGUUGGUGGUGGCCGGCUCUUUGAAGAGAGGAGACCCGGGUCGCCCGGAGGACCAGGUCCUGAUGAGGGCUCUAAGAGACUUCAACGUCCCCAAGAUCGUGAUGGAUGACUCACCUGUGUUCCUGGGACUGAUUGGAGACCUGUUCCCUGCUUUGGAUGUCCCCAGGAAGAGAAACCUGGACUUUGAGAAGGUAGUGAAGAAGUCAGUGCUGGACCUGAAUCUGCAGGCGGAGGACAGUUUUAUUCUGAAGGUGGUUCAGCUGGAAGAGCUGCUGGCCGUCCGACACUCCGUCUUCAUCAUCGGCAAUGCCGGCACCGGCAAGUCCAAGGUGAUGCGCUCGUUGAAUAAGACCUAUCAGACCAUGAAGAGGAAGCCGGUGAUCGUGGAUCUGGACCCCAAGGCUGUCACCUGUGACGAGCUGUUUGGCAUCAUCAACCCUGCCACCCGAGAAUGGAAGGACGGUCUUUUCUCCUGUGUGAUGAGAGAUUUGGCCCUCAUCAGCCAUGACGGGCCCAAGUGGAUCGUACUGGAUGGAGACAUCGACCCUAUGUGGAUCGAAUCCCUCAAUACUGUCAUGGAUGACAACAAGGUGUUGACUCUGGCCAGUAACGAACGCAUCCCUCUUAACUCCACCAUGCGUCUGGUGUUUGAGAUUAAGGACCUGCGGACGGCCACUCCAGCCACCGUGUCCCGGGCUGGAAUCCUCUUCAUCAACUCUGCUGACCUGGGAUGGAGCCCGGUGGUGACCAGCUGGAUCGAGAAGCGAGAGGUCCAGUCGGAGAAAGCCAACCUGUUCAUCCUGUUUGACAAGUACCUGCCUACCUGUCUGGAGAAGCUCAAGUUCGGCUUCAAGAAAAUCACUCCUAUCCCAGAGGUCACACUGGUCCAAACCCUGCUCCACUUCAUGGAGUUUCUACUGGUGCCUGAGAACACCCCGCCCGACUCCAACAAAGAACUCUACGAGCUCUACUUUGUGUUCGCCUGCAUCUGGGCCUUCGGAGGGGCCAUGUUCCAGGACCAGCUGACAGACUACCGUGUGGAGUUCAGUAAGUGGUGGGUGAAUGAGUUCAAGACCAUCAAGUUCCCAUCUGCAGGGACUGUGUUUGACUACUACAUCGACAGAGACUCCAAGAAGUUCCAGCCCUGGACCGAGUUAGUCCCCAAGUUCCAGCUGGAUCCAGACCUCCCACUGCAGGCGUCUCUGGUUCACACGGCUGAGACCAUCCGUAUCCGCUACUUCAUGGACAAACUGAUGGAGAGGAAGUGUCCUGUGAUGUUGGUGGGCAACGCGGGCAGUGGCAAGUCAGUCCUGAUGGGAGACAAGCUCCGCAGCCUCAGCACUGAUUACUAUGUGGUCCAGUCUGUCCCCUUCAACUUCUACACAACCUCGGCCAUGCUGCAGGCCAUACUGGAGAAACCCCUGGAGAAGAAGGCAGGCCGGAACUACGGCCCCCCCGGCAGCAAGAGUCUCAUCUACUUCAUAGACGACAUGAACAUGCCUGAGGUCGACAAGUACUUCACUGUGGCUCCGCACACACUCAUCCGCCAGCACAUGGACCACGGACACUGGUAUGACAGAGCCAAGCUGACUCUGAAGGACAUCCAUAACUGCCAGUACGUGGCCUGUAUGAACCCUACAGCUGGCAGCUUCACCAUCGACCCCCGACUGCAGAGGCACUUCUGUGUCUUUGCGGUGAGUUUCCCAGGCCAGGACGCACUCCAAAGCAUCUACAACUCCAUCUUCUCCCAACAUCUGGACAUGAAUGGCUUUCUCCCCGCUGUCAAGAAGUUCUGCUCUACGCUGGUCACCUCCGCAAUCAUGUUCCACCAGAGGAUCUCCACCUCCUUCCUUCCCACGGCAGUCAAGUUCCACUACGUCUUUAACCUCAGAGACCUCUCCAACAUCUUCCAGGGUCUUCUGUUCUCCAUGCCAGAGUGUGUGAGGGCCCCUGCUGAGCUGGUGAGACUGUGGCUUCAUGAGUGUGACCGUGUGUACGGAGACAAGCUGGUGGAGGAGAAGGACAUGGUGCUGUUUGCCAAGAUUGAGGGAGAGAUCUGCAAGAAGUGCUUCGAGGAAAUGGAUGCAGGUUUCCUCUUUGAGAAGCCCAACAUCUUUUGCCACUUUGCCCAAGGCAUCGGCGAGCCCAAAUACUUCCCUAUUCCAGACUGGGUGGUUCUGAACAAGCUGCUACUGGAGGGCCUGGACAGCUACAACGAAAUCAACGCUGUCAUGAACCUGGUGCUGUUUGAGGAUGCAAUGUCCCAUAUCUGCCGUAUCAACCGUAUCCUGGAGUCUCCUCGCGGUAACGCCCUGCUGGUCGGGGUGGGCGGCAGCGGCAAGCAGUCUCUGUCUCGCCUCGCUGCCAGCAUCGCCAACCUGGAGGUGUUCCAGAUCACCCUGAGGAAAGGCUAUGGCAUCCCCGACCUCAAGUUGGACGUGGCUGCCCAGUACAUGAAGGCUGGGGUGAAGAACAUAGGGACGGUGUUCCUGAUGACCGACAGCCAGGUGGCCGAGGAGGAGUUCCUGGUGCUGAUCAAUGAUCUGCUGGCGUCGGGGGAGAUCCCUGGUCUGUUCCAAGACGAUGAGGUGGAGAACAUCAUUGUUGCCAUGAGGAACGAGGUCAAGGCUGUGGGCCUGCCAGACUCACGCGAAAACUGCUGGAAGUUCUUCAUCGACAGAGUCCGCAAACAGCUCAAGGUGAUCCUGUGUUUCUCUCCGGUGGGAUCCACUCUGAGGGUGCGAGCCAGGAAGUUCCCUGCGGUGGUCAACUGCACCUCCAUUGACUGGUUCCACGAGUGGCCAGAGGAGGCGCUGGUGUCUGUCAGUGCUCGCUUCCUCUCCGAGACAGAGGGCAUCAUGCCCGAGGUGAAGGACUCUCUGAGCCAGUUCAUGGCCUUUGUCCAUAAGACAGUGAAUGAGAUGUCCAAGUCCUACCUGCUGUCAGACCGUCGCUACAACUACACCACGCCGAAGACCUUCCUGGAGCAGAUCAAACUCUACCAGAACCUCCUGGCCGUCAAGAGGAGCGAGCUGCUGUCCAAGAUGGAGCGCCUGGAGAACGGAUUAACCAAACUGGAGAACACCUCCGCUCAGGUGGAUGAUCUGAAGGCCAAGCUGGCCGUGCAGGAGGUGGAGCUCAAGCAGAAGAAUGAGGAUGCUGACAAGCUCAUCGAGGUGGUCGGUGUAGAAACAGAGAAAGUGUCCAAGGAAAAGGUCAUAGCCAACGAUGAGGAGCUCAAAGUGCAAGUAAUCGCCAAGAAUGUGGGAGAGAAACAGAGGUCUUGUGAAGAGGACUUGGCCAAAGCAGAACCUGCACUGUUGGCUGCCCAGGAGGCUCUCAACACUCUCAACAAGAACAACCUGACAGAGUUGAAGUCAUUUGGCUCACCUCCGGAGGCGGUGGUGAACGUGAUGGGUGCUGUGAUGAUCCUGAUGGCCCCCGGAGGGAAGGUGCCUAAAGACAAGAGCUGGAAGGCUGCCAAGAACGUCAUGGCUAAGGUGGACGCCUUCCUGGACGCCCUGAUCAACUACAACAAGGAGAACAUCCCUGACACCUGCAUUAAGGCCUUCCAACCGUUUAAGAAUGACCCCACAUUCGAGCCAGAAUACAUCCGCUCUAAGUCACUUGCUGCUGCAGGUCUGUGUUCGUGGUGCAUCAACAUUGUGAUGUUCUACGAGGUGUACUGUGAUGUGGAGCCCAAACGCCAGACUCUGGCCCAGGCCAAUGCUGAGCUAGCCGCUGCCUUGGACAAACUCUCCAUCAUCAAGACCAAGAUCAAUCAACUGAAUGCUAACCUGGCCAAACUGACAUCGGAGUUUGAGAAGGCCACAUCGGACAAGCUGAGGUGUCAACAGGAAGCAGACGCCACCAAUCAGACCAUCUCUCUGGCCAACAGGCUGGUGGGAGGUCUGGCCUCAGAGAAGGUGCGUUGGUCAGAGUCAGUGGCCCAGUUUAAGAUCCAGGAGAAGACUCUGAGUGGUGACGUCAUGCUCAUCUCUGCCUUCGUCUCCUACGUGGGCUACUUCACCAAGAAGUACCGCAUUGAACUCAUGGACAAGUACUGGCUGCCCUACCUCAAAGAUCUCAAGGUCCCCAUCCCGAUCACAGAGGGGCUGGACCCCCUGAUGUUGCUGACAGAUGACGCAGACAUCGCUGCCUGGAGCAACCAGGGCUUGCCUAGUGACCGCAUGUCCAUUGAGAACGCCACCAUCCUGUGCAACACGGAACGCUGGCCGCUCAUCGUGGAUGCCCAGCUCCAGGGAAUCAAGUGGAUCAAAAGGAAAUACGGAGACAACCUUAAAGUCAUCCGGCUGGGACAGAAAGGGUACCUGGACAGCAUCGAGAGCACUGUGUCUAACGGAGACACUCUGCUGUUAGAGAACAUCAGUGAGAAUGUAGAACCCGUUCUGGACCCUUUACUGGGCAGGAACACCAUCAAGAAGGGCAAGUACAUCCGGAUAGGAGACAAGGAGGGAGUACAGCCCUAGCUUCCGUCUCAUCCUGCACACUAAGUACUUCAACCCUCACUACAAGCCUGAGAUGCAGGCUCAGUGUACCUCAUCAACUUCCUGGUUACCAGAGAUGGGCUGGAGGACCAGCUGCUAGCCGCCGUGGUCGCUAAGGAACGGCCAGACCUGGAAGAGCUCAAGGCUGAGCUGACCAAGCAGCAAAACAACUUUAAGAUUGUGCUGAAGCAGCUGGAGGACUCUUUGUUGGCUCGCCUCUCGGCUGCCUCCGGAAACUUUUUGGGAGACACCGCCCUCGUAGAGAACCUGGAAAUCACCAAGGCAACCGCCACCGAGAUCGAGGAGAAGGUGCGCGAAGCGAAGAUAACAGAGGUUAAGAUCAACGAGGCCAGAGAGAACUACAGACCUGCAUCAAUACGAGCUGCCCUGCUCUACUUUAUCCUCAACGACCUGAACAAAAUCAACCCCAUCUACCAGUUCUCCCUCAAGGCUUUCAGUGUUGUGUUUGAGGUGGCCAUCAUGCUUACAGAGCCGGCGGACGAGGUGAAACACAGAGUGAACAACCUGAUAGAUCAGAUCACCUACUCUGUGUUCAUGUACACCAACCGCAGCCUGUUUGAGAGGGACAAGCUUACCUUCAUCGCUCAGGUUGCAUUCCAGAUCUUGCUGAUGAAGAAGGAGAUCAACCCUACUGAGCUGGACUUCCUCCUGAGGUUUCCGUACAAAGCUGGCCUGGGCUCUCCGGUUGACUUCCUGGCCAACCAGGGCUGGGGUGGCAUCAAGGCCCUGUCGGAGUUUGAUGAGUUUAAGAACCUGGACCGGGACAUGGAGGGAUCUGCAAAGCGCUGGAAGAAGUUUGUUGAGUCGGAGGCUCCGGAGAAGGAAAAGUUUCCUCAGGAGUGGAAGAACAAGACAGGCCUCCAGAAACUCUGCAUGAUGAGGUGUAUGAGACCAGACCGGAUGUCCUACGCAGUCAGUACUUUUGUGGAGGAGAAGAUGGGUACAAAGUACGUGGAGGGGAGGAGCGUGGAGUUCGCUGUAUCAUUUGAGGAGAGCAGCUCGUCUACUCCCAUGUUCUUCAUCCUCUCCCCAGGAGUCGACCCCCUCAAAGAUGUGGAAGCUCUAGGUAAGAAGAUGGGUUUCACCUUUGACAACGGGAAGUUCCACAACGUGUCUCUGGGUCAGGGCCAGGAGGUGGUGGCCGAGGCUGCUCUGAACAUGGCAGCUAGAGAAGGACACUGGGUUAUACUGCAGAACAUCCACCUGGUGGCCAAGUGGCUAGGCAGCCUGGAUAAACUAGUGGAGCGCUACAGCAUAGGUAGCCAUGAUGACUAUCGCGUGUACAUGUCAGCUGAGCCUUCGCCUACGCCAGAGUCGCACUACAUCCCCCAGGGCCUGCUGGAGAAUGGCAUUAAGAUCACCAACGAACCGCCCACCGGCAUGCAAGCUAACCUGCACAAGGCCCUGUAUCUCUUCAACCAGGACACUCUGGAAAUGUGCUCUAAAGAGUCAGAGUUCAAGGUGAUUCUGUUUGCAUUGUGCUACUUCCACGCUGUGGUGGCUGAGAGGAGGAAGUUUGGAGCUCAGGGCUGGAACAGAUCUUACCCCUUCAACAACGGAGACCUCACCAUCUCCGUCAACGUCCUCUACAACUACCUGGAGGCCAACUCCAAGGUGCCGUGGGACGACCUGCGCUAUCUGUUUGGGGAGAUCAUGUACGGUGGCCACAUCACAGACGACUGGGACAGGAAGUUGUGUCGUACCUAUCUGGAGGAGUAUGUCAGACCUGAGAUGCUGGAGGGAGAGCUGUACCUCGCACCCAGCUUCCCUGUACCACCCAACUCUGACUACAAGGGCUACCAUAUGUACAUAGAUGAGGUGCUGCCUCCAGAGAGCCCCUACUUGUAUGGCCUCCACCCCAACGCUGAGAUUGGCUUCCUCACCAUCACCUCAGAGAAGCUGUUCCGCACCGUGCUGGAGAUGCAGCCCAAAGAGUCAGACGCAGCUGGGGGAGGAGGGGUGUCCAGAGAGGAGAAGGUGAAGGGCAUCCUGGAUGAGAUCCUGGAGAAGCUGCCAGAUGGUUUCAACAUGAUAGAGAUAAUGGCCAAGGUGGAGGAGAGAACUCCCUACAUAAUCGUGGCCUUCCAGGAGUGUGAGAGGAUGAACUUCCUCACCAAGGAGAUCACACGCUCUCUCAAAGAGCUCAACCUCGGACUCAAGGGUGAGUUGACAAUCACAACCGACAUGGAGGAGCUGGGUAACGCUCUGUUCCUGGACACGGUGCCAGAGUCCUGGACCAAGCUCGCCUACCCCUCCUUGCAGGGCCUGGGGGGUUGGUAUGCAGACCUGCUGCUCAGGAUCAAGGAAUUGGAGUCGUGGACAGCAGACUUCGCUCUCCCCACCACGGUGUGGCUGGCAGGGUUCUUCAACCCCCAGUCGUUCCUGACAGCUAUCAUGCAGUCCAUGGCCAGGAAGAACGAGUGGCCUCUGGACAGGAUGUGUCUGUCUGUAGAGGUGACCAAGAAGAACCGCGAGGACAUGACCAGUCCACCCAGGGAGGGGGCCUACGUCUACGGACUCUACAUGGAGGGGGCACGCUGGGACACACAGACAGGGGUGAUAGCAGAUGCUCGUCUGAAGGAGCUGACCCCCAACAUGCCGGUGAUCUUCAUCAAGGCGGUACCGGUGGACCGACAGGAGACCAAGAACGUGUAUGAGUGUCCCGUCUACAAGACCCGCAUGAGGGGUCCCACCUUCAUCUGGACCUUCAACCUCAAGACCAAGGAGAAGCCUGCCAAGUGGGUACUGGCCGCUGUCUGCCUCCUGCUCAGUGUGUAAGAGAGAGGCAAGAGAAAACAAACACUCAGACCACUCAUCUGAAAUACCUUUUCAUUAAUAAAAAGCAUCAAUGUUGCACAAAAAUAAUUACAGAUUUGUCAUCUAUGUCUAUUGGAGGAAUGUGAUGAACACAGAUGUCGGUGAGGUAAGAGAAAGAUGCGUGUUGAGCUUGGAAAUGGCAUGAAACAACUCCACUGUAUCAUAGUACAGCUUUCCUCACGGUCCCAGUGUUCCUAGGAAGGUCCACUAGGGGGCAGCUUGUACAAGCAUGGUUAGGACACACAGAUGCAAAGAACGGUACAAUACAAGCAUGCACACACAAACCUCAGGCGAUAACCUUUUGAAUGGGAAAGUGAGGUGUGAUUGGAAGGCUUCCAGCCUGUUGUCAGUACAGAAACAAUAAACAUACUGUAGAUAAGAUCAAUUUUUAACCACUCAGCCAUUGUUAGAGCUAAGCUUUUUUUUCUUUUUUUCUCCCCUCUUUGGCAGAUAACAGCUACAGUAAGUACUUACUUCAACCACAGACUUAUAUAAAAACGUUUAACUUUUAUUUUGGGAAACUGCACCUGGAGGGUGUACCUGUGAAACCACAUGGAGAUGGUAUGGUGUUGAUACUAGCGCUGGCGUACCGGACACCCUCACAGCCAGUGGAGCUUACUCAGGUGUUUAAAAUCACAUAUCAGACCGAGAACCUAAUGGGUUCUUAGGUAGUUCUUUAUGAGUUUUAGUUUAGAAAAAGAUCUUGUCGCAGAAAUGACAGUUACAGGGGUGGUAAAAAAAAAGCUUGAUUGCCAUAGCAACAUCAGGGGACGCUAGACAGAAGGGAGUUGUAGUUCUGUAACAUUUUUAAUUUAGCCUCUCAUUCUCCUUAAAGCCGGGCUCAACACGUUACAGAAAAGAUGAACUGUAUAGGAAGCUCUGGGGACAGGUCGUCUGGAUACUGGGCUGCCAGUAUAUUGGCAGAUGCAAACAGAUCAAAUUCAAUUGUCACAUGCGCUGAAUACAACAGGUGGAGGGCGAAAUGCUUACUUAUAAGCCCUUAACAUGCAUUUUUCUUUAACUGCAUUGUUGGUUAAGUAUUUACUCAAAAAAAUUUAAGAGCAACAAUAAAAUAACAGUAUUGAGGCUAUAUACACAGGGAGUACCACCAGUACAGAGUCAAUGUGCGGGGGUACAGGUUAGUCGAGGUAAUAUAUACAUGUAGGUAGAUGUAAAGUGACUAUGCAUCGAUAAAACAGUAGCAGCACCGUAAAAAAAAAAAUGUGUGUGGGGGUGUCAAUACAAAUAGUCUGGGUAGCCAUUUGUUUAGCUUUUCAGGAAUCUUGUGGUUUGGGGGUAGAAGCUGUUAUUAAGAAGCCCUUUGGACCUAGACUUGGCGCUCGGGUACCGCUUGCAGUGCGGUAGCAGAGAGAACAGUAUGACUAGGGUGGCUGGAGUCUUUGGCAAUUUUAAGGGCCUUUCUCUGACACCGCCUGGUAUAGAGGUCCUGGAUGGCAGGAAGCUUGGACCCGGUGAUGUACAGGGCCGUACACACUCUGUUGUGCCUUGCGGUCAGAGGUUGAGCAGUUGCCAUUCCAGGCGGUGAUACAACCAGAUGCUCUCGAUGGUGCGGCUAUAGAACUUUAAGAGGAUCCAUGCCAAAUCUUUUCAGUCUCCUAAGGGGAAAUGGGCUUCGGCGUGCCUUCUUCACGACUGUCUUGG